AUGCGGUUACAGUAUAAAAACCAACUGGAGGUUCUCAGUGUCACCAGUGCUGAAGGACCUGCUAUUCCUGUACUGUACUUGCCCCAGAAAAUAUUCCAAGUACUUGAAUUACUCCUCCUCAUAGAUUCCAUAAAGCAAAGGAUCAUCGGAGGCCAAGAGGUUGAGCCCUACUCCAUAAAAUACCAGGCAUCACUACAGUAUAACAGCCAGCACUACUGUGGAGGAACACUUAUUCACCCACAGUGGGUGGUGUCUGCUGCACACUGCUGGAAGCCAAACUAUUUGAUCAAAGUCGUGCUGAAUGAGUAUGAUCUCUUCAAGAAAGAGGGAGUGGAGAAGGUGUUUAAUGUCUCCAAAACCAUAGUCUACUACCUGUACAACUACAGGACAUUUGAUAAUGACAUCAUGCUCCUCAAACUCGAACAGCCAGCUGACCUGAACGGUAACGUGCAGCCGGCUAAGUUGCCGAGCACAGACACCCCACCAACCUUCGGAGGCAUGCUCUGUGUAGUGAGCGGCUGGGGGGUCACACAGGUCUACAGCUACUAUCUGUCCCCCGUGCUGCGUGCUGUGGAUGUACAGAUCAUUCCCAACUGCCAGAACUACUAUUUGUACAGAAUAACAGACAACAUGGUGUGUGCCGGCUCUCCGCUGGGAGGAAAAGACUCAUGCCAGGGUGACUCAGGUGGCCCUCUGGUAUGUAACGGCUACUUCGAAGGCAUCGUCUCCUGGGGUAUUGGCUGUGCCAGUCCAUAUUUCCCUGGUGUCUACACCAAGGUUCGUAACUACGUCCGCUGGAUCAACUCAACCAUUGACGCCAAUAGGGACUAGACUGUUUUUUCUUCUUGCAGCUUUUUACAGAAAGAAGUGACAUAUCAAAUGUUCAACGAAUACAUAAUGCCUGUGAGAAGUCUGAGACACAGCGCUUUCUGGUAUUAAUAAAUUAGAUUGGGGUCUGGGAGUAAAGUAAAAUCAGACCAAAUUUCAAAAGGUAAGGUUGUAAUGUGUGGGAAAGUUUGCAUAUUCUGGGCAUAUAACAAAGAAUGUGAGUUAAAAACAAGACAUUUAAUGCAUUAGGUCUCGUGUGUUUCUUCAUUAUUAGAAGUAGCUUUCUUCCAUUUUUGUUGAACACUGCUCAACACAGUGCUAAGCAAGUGA